AAGAUUUAUUAACCAAACGCAAAGUGAAAAGUAUAAACUAUUUGGCGCUACAUUGUGCAAAACAUUUGAUGAAAAUUUGUAUUAGUUUCAAAAUAUAGAUCGAUCGUGCUUGUAAAUGCAACGUAAACGCAACGUUUGAGUUCGAGACAACAUCAUGAUUGUCUUAAGUAUCGCUAGAUUAACCUUAAGUAGCGAUUUUUAUAUUUAUUAAUUGAGCCCUUUGCAUAUUGUCGUAUACUCGUAUUCUCCAAUUGAUCUGACAAAGUAAUCUCUAACAUUGUCUCAUAAUAUAAUAUUUCAUUUAUGUUUUCAUCAAAAAAAUCCUUUAUGUUUAAAUUAGCAUAUUAAUAACGAAAUUAAAAUAUACAUGAAUUAUUUUCUUAAAAUUGGCGACCAAAAACAUCUGUACAUUACUGAAAGAACAAAUACGCAAUUGUCUAAAAGACAAAAACUACUCUAUCUGUCAUAUGUUUUUAAAUAUUGUAUCAUAUAAAUGAUAUUUUACUACUUCUUAUGCCAAAUUUCUUUUCAAUUCCAACUUCCAAUUUUAAGUCGGUAUAGCCCAACUAUAAUAAAAUAAAUUAAAUACAAAGUUCUUUUAAACGAACAAUACUUAAUUUCAUUUGAAGAUACAUUAUAAUGAAUCCCACUUAACAUCAAAGAGGAGUAAGAUUGAUGUUUGUCUUCUAUCCAAGAGUCCAUGACCCAUGUUUGUCCGUCCACGUUUCCUACCUUCCUUUUUUAUUAAAUGGAGGAUCCUAAGCUAAUUAGUGUCCACAAAACGAUGGAUAUGGUUAAUCUAUCUCAAUCAAUAAGUUGACAUAUUGAAUGUCUUUGGGGGGUUAGGGAACUUUAAGAUUGAAUCUUGAAAUUUUCAGUGUAAUUUGACUUUUGUCCCCCUCCCCCACAAAAGCCAACAUGCGAACGUUUUGAUCAUCCCCAUAGUUAUCUUAUUUUUACGAAAAUAUUCCCCUCUCGAGGUAAAUUACACUUUAUAGUUUAUAUAAUACUAUAUAUUGUUACUUUAUAUAUAUAAUUGAAGUGCACAUGCAAUGGUGUAAUUUGUUUAUCUAAACCAACUGUAUUAUCAUGUGUAUAUAUAAAGGUUAACCUGAAGAUACGUCGUAUUGGUAUGACUGUAGGUAAGAAACAGAACUGUUGUAUAGAGACUAAUAUUAUCACCGAGUAAUAGACUAAUAAUAUGUAGUACCAUUAGUUCUUUGUUUCAUAACUAAUACAUCAAUAAGAUCAAUGAAAUUAUACUACUGAAGCAUGAAAAUACAGCUUUGAUGUAUGCACGUCUCAAAAUUUCCAAAACAACAGGGAGUCAAUGACUAAUCAUGGAUUUAAUUGCAAAGUUCUAUCAAAACUAGUGACUCUAUUAUAUAUUUAGACGAGGAGAAGUAUUUAACAAAAUCAUUUAAGAUAUAAGUUAGGUUAUAUGUGAUGAACCUCUCAGGCCCGCUUCCCUAGGCACGCCUUUUGGAUGGCUCUCCUCCGCUCCAGCUCCGUCGCUCAGCCCUCCUUCCUUUGAAGCAGCUCUCCUCCUCCAUGGCUUUGAUGGUGACUGCUCCUCCGUCGCGUUUCAGGCCGCCUCCAGAUCCGCCGCCGCGUAAGUCUCCUCCGCUUGAAGCUCCCUCUCCCAUCGAUCCACCGGAACCGCCAGACCCUCCUGACGUUUCCUUUCUCCUCGCUCUUCCUCGAAGCCCCAGCUCCUCCUCCUGUCCGUCUCUCCAAGCUCUUACCCGAAUCUUAGAUCUAAAGCUUCCUCUUCCAUGGAUGGUUUCUAAGAUAAGUGGUGGUGAUGUUCCGCUUGUGUCUACCGGUGAUAGUACUUUCGUCUACAGGCGGUUGCUCUGUUCGGUAUGCAAGUCGUCUUCAUGUCGACACAUGGACUGGUCUUCCAUCAGCUCCUGUUCCGACUUAUCUUUUCUCCCUUUUAAGGGUUUUCAGGUUCACUUCAGCUCGUCAAUUUCCGCUUUUUGCUCUUCUGUUGAAUGGGAUAUAAAGCUAUUUGUCUGUGUGAGUUUGGAAUUGAGGACCAUAGCUUUAGCCGAUGAUGUACUUAUGGACUUAACUUCUGUUGGUUCUACCUUUGUGCUCUUUGGUGGUCCUUUUGUCGCCUCAAUGCGAUCUCUUACUGCUGUGUGCAGUUCCCUUCCUGCUGUGUGCAGUUCCCUUACUGCUGUGUGCAGUUCCCUUACUGCUGUAUGCAGUCCUCUUUCGGUAUUCAUUCUAGCUUUUGGUGCUCUGUAUUUGUAUUUCUCUUUUUGGUGGCAGUUGAGAGAGAAAUUCAUUGGUAAAGUUAGCUGGAUGAAUAUGAUUAUGGCGGGUUCAGAUUAUCCGUUUGUCUCCUAUUUGGAGCAGUCUCUUUUCCCAAUAUUUCUUCAUGUAUGGAGUGAAUUGGAUGAACAAGUGUCGUUGGUAUUGCAAGGAUCUUCCUCCCAACGAGUACUCUCCUCUGCGUUUGGUGCAGUAUGUGUGGUCCUAUGGAUUACACUAGAUGCGAUCUUCCAAGAAACUUUUGAAACCGUUGUCAUGCGAUUUCUUAUGGUUCCUUUUUAUGAUUUGUAUCGCCAUCCUAUCUUUUAUUUUACCAGCUCUUUGGUUUGUUUGGUUCGAUGUAGCUUUGUAUCCUCCUUUGAAGGAGCUUAAACCUUUCUAUUUUAAUUGCAAGUAUGGUUUGAUCAAAAAAAAAAAAUUAUAUAUUUAGACGAGAGAGUUAUUUGUGGACCUAUCCGAACAAUUCAACUUUCAAGUAUAAAUACAAUAUUCUAAUUUGACGACAGUUAUUUGUGGACCUAUCCGUGAUGACUUGAACACUAGAAAAGAAGGUUUAGAUUCCCGUUUUAGGAAGUUAGAACAGGCCUAGGCCCAAUGAGAUGAGCCCAAAUUCGGCCUACGAUCGAAACAUACUCGUCAUGAUGAUUGUUUUGCUAGUUUUUAGAUUUAGAUUUUAAUUUUUAGUUUUUAACUUUUGGAUUUUGAUUUUGUAGUAGAUUUUAGUUUUUUGUAAACAUAACUGGCUAGUUUAGAUUUAAUUUUUUAGUUUUUAGUUUUUAAAAUUAGUAAAAUGAAAAAUAUUAUUACUAGUAAAAUGCUUAUUUUGAAAAAAAAAAUACUAUCAUCAAAACACACAUAAACUUAUUUAAUAAAAUUAUUUUAAAUCAAAACUACAAAUACAUUAUGAAUCCCAUAUAGAUGCAGAAAUUUGAGUAUAAUUAUGUUCUUCGUCUUCAACUUAAUCAGAGUCUUAUGCUGGUACGUUACCACCAGUUGUAUAAUUAAUACUAAAUAAAAAUUAUAAGAAUAAGAAAUAUAACUUAUAUAUAUAUGAAAUAGUGAAAGAAAUAAAAAAUAUUUGUCUUAGUUGUAGUUAAUACUAAAUAAAACAAAAAAAGGAAAUAUAGCUCAUAGGUAUGAAAUAGUAAAAGAAGUAUCAAAAAUUAUUUUCCCUAAAUAAAACCAAAAAAUAUUUAGUACAAUAGAGCUUUUUUUUUAUGAUUAGCAUAGAUGUAACAAACUUAUGUAGGGUUGAUUAGUUAAAUGUAAAAUUCAUUAGCUAUAUAUGCUCAUAGGGUUUUUAUUAUCAGCAAUUAAUAUGUGGGUUGAUUAGUUGAAAAAAUUGCGUAGGUUGGAUCAUGAAUUUUUAAUUUGUAUUAAAAAUAAAAGUAAAUUUCUUUUUUAAGCAACAAAACUAGAAAAAGUUGAAUUUUAGUUUUUGUUUAAACAUAUACAGUAUUUUAAACUAAUUUCCCUAAAUUUUAGGAAAACCAAUUUUCAAAAAGCUUGAUUGGAAAAAAAAAAUAGUUUUUAGAAAAACAAAAACUAAU